AUGUGCGCGGGCGGAUCGGCCGCAGGUGCUGGCGGCUCGGUGGCGUUGGAGGGCGGAGGCGCGCUCGCGCAGGCGGCGGCCGCGGGCGCCUCGGGCGCAUCUUCCGCAGCGCGCGCAGGCAGCGGCGGCUCGCCGGGGGAGCGCAGAGCGCGACCAGCCGCAGCAGCGCCACGCACCACCAGAGCACGGCGGCCAGCGCGCGGGCAGCGCGCCCGACGUGGCCCGGGGCCUCCUCGCGACCAAAAUACGCGCACCGUGGAGCUGCUCGGCUAG